AUGGACGACACAACAUACACCGACGGCAGCACCGCUAAGAAGCCUAGCAAUGCGACAAACUCUCACCACACCUUCAGUCCUUUCGUCGACCUACAGCUUGAAGCUCAUGGCCAGCCCCAAUAUCUUACUUCUGCCAAUCCCGGCAACGGUGGCAGCUUUGACGUUGAUGAAAUCAAUCGCAUGUCAUUGUCGCAACAUAACCCACCGUUCAUGGGACUCCAGCGACAUCCACAAUUACCGCUCGCUAUCUCUUAUCAAGGCGCGCCUGGCUAUUUAAGCGAACAACAUGACCGUUUGCAACAAAGAUACAGUGGCAAUCAGGCAACGAAGCUCACGGACUCAGCGUAUGGUUCAUUGAGUGUGACGAGCGGACCCACGCCGUUCCAUUCGUCGAUUCCGGCACACCAAAGUACAUGUUCAUCGCAUGAGGCAACGGAGGCCGCAUAUAGACAGCGUUAUCAUAUCGCGAGCUCGGAGAGUGUUGCGAGUGGUUCCGCCAACGGUGGCGGAGCUCAGAAGCGGCCAUCUCAAAGAAGUGCCAGAAGCCGGAGUAAACCUGCGAUUUCACCAUGCCAAUGGUGUGGCAAGGAGCUCAAGAACCCGUCAGAUGCACAUAAGCAUGAGCUUCAGCAUACAAAACCGCACAGGUGUGAUGAGCCUGGCUGUGGACGGAGCCAUGAAGGGUUCGCAACCCAGAACGAUCUUCAGCGCCAUCGCAGCUCGGUCCACAAGCGAAGGCCCCUUGUAGGAUGCUCCAAUGGCUAUGUUUGUAUCAUCUGCAUCCACGCUCAUCCAAACUCUGGCAAACCCAAGUUCUGGUUACGCCGUGACAAUUUCAAGGCUCACGUGAAAAGGAAGCACGCAGAUCAUGAUGCGGAUGCCAUCGUCAAGAGGUCUGCAGCAGAGCGGCCAGAAGAUGCCGAGACAGUGGAAUCUGGCUACUGCUCACAACCGUCUCAGGUUGAUCCCUUCGAACGUCACCUGUUCCGACCCGACAUAAUCAGUCAACCCAUCUGUGAGGAUCCUGACCUGGGUAUACACAACAGCAAUCUGGUGUUCGCUGUUAGCAGCAAUGACCCUGGCAACCAACUCGCAGGUGUUGGUGAGGGUGCCGAUCGACUUUCGAUCAUGCCAUCAACUCACCAAGACCCGAGCUUUGCUUUCCCAAUUCACGACCUCGGAGACGGACUCUCUAUGCUCAGCAAGGCAGCGGUCACACUUAGUGAUCUGAGCUCACUCGCGGAGUCACUGAUGCCAAAACCAAGUCGUCAUUUUUCACAAACCUUGCAAAGACCAGUACCUCAUUUGCUGCCACAAGUCUCGCCUUUCAACUAUGAGCCAAGCGUAUGGAAAGCUCAGGCACCCAAGACAUCAGAAGCGCAAAUUGGCCAUCAAAGCGACCCACUGACACCGAGCGAUGCUGGGGGAGCCCACAAGUGCGACUACUGCACUAAGACGACAAAGCGUGAGUGUGACCUUCGCAAACAUACAAAACGCCAUACCCGGCCCUAUGGCUGCACCGAUCCCUACUGCUUUAAGCCAUUUGGAAGCCGAAACGAUUGGAAGAGGCACGAAAAGUCACAACAUCGGAUACGUGAAGCGUGGAGGUGCAAUGUGAAAGUUUCGGAGAAGACCUGUGGGAAGUUGGUCUACGCACGGGAGAGAAUGCGAUCUCAUAUAAAGCGCCGGCAUGCGGAAGUGCGAACGAAGAGUCUAGACGCUCUUUGCAAUGGCAUGCACCUUGGAGACAAUGCUUCCGACCAAUUCUGGUGCGGGUUUUGCGAGGACCUUGUUCCAUGUAAAGCAGACGUGCAGAAACCGGGAGAAUAUCGGAUGAAGCAUAUCGGAGACCAUUAUGAUAAAGACGACAAGCACAUCAAUGAUUGGGUGUGCGUUAUGGUCAACAAGAGACGAAAGGAUUUUAUCAAUGAUGUGGAAAUGAUGCACCGCCUAAAAGACUGCUCGCGCACCGGGCGCGCUUGGAGCGAGAGUGGCAGUGAAUCGGAAGUCACGACGCGUGUGCGGUGUCAGAAAGUCGCAAGAUGUCCGUCGUUGCAGGGCGAGUCUCCCCAAAAUGUUGGAAGCAUGGCGCCCUUGACCAAGAAACGAAAAGUUUCAGCGGAAGUAGAGGUGGACGCAGACGGUGUCAGCGACGACGAGUGGAACGGCGGAGCUACGCUCAAGCCGUAUGAACGAAUAGCGCCAUGGAUGUAG